GAAAAGAAAAAAUGCAGUAGUUGAUUCAGAUAAGAUGACUGUUAAAAACAGAUAAGAAAAUCAGCAAGGCUGCCGCAAUCUACUCCGAUUUGCUGGAAGUAAAAUUCUGAGUCUCCAAUAUUCAUCACCAGCGGCCGCCGCCGCAUGGACAGAAAUACGUAUUAGUAGAGUUUAGCCGGAGAAGUAGCAGUUAUGGCACGUUUCGCAGUCACCUCAGCCGCCACUCAUAAAUGCUGGAGCUUUAAUCCUAUCGACAGAUUCCCUAUUUCUAGAGUUGCUUUUCCCAAUUCUUCCGCAUUCCGAUUUUCCCAGCCGCGAAGAGCGAGAAUUUCGGUGGUGGCGAUGUCUGGCUCAAGCAAAAGCACUGUUCUUGUUACCGGCGCCGGCGGUAGAACUGGCCAAAUUGUUUACAAGAAACUAAAGGAGAGGGUAGACCAGUAUACUGCAAGGGGUUUGGUACGAACCCCCGAGAGCAAGGAGAAAAUUGGUGGUGAAGACGAUGUUUACGUUGGGGAUGUAGAUGAUGCUGAUAGCAUGGUUCCAGCUAUCCAGGGGAUUGAUGCUCUUAUAAUUCUCACUAGUGCUGUGCCAAAGAUAAAACCUGGCUUCGACUUGUCUCAAGGUGGAAGGCCGGAAUUCUAUUUUGAAGAUGGAGCAUUUCCUGAGCAGGUUGAUUGGAUUGGGCAAAAGAACCAAAUAGAUGCUGCUAAAGCUGCUGGAGUGAAGCAGAUUGUAUUGGUUGGAUCGAUGGGAGGAACAAAUCCAAAUCACCCUCUAAAUAGCAUAGGAAAUGGAAAUAUCUUGGUUUGGAAGAGAAAGGCCGAACAAUAUCUGGCUGACUCGGGAAUACCAUACACCAUAAUUCGGGCUGGAGGCUUGCAAGAUAAAGACGGCGGUGUAAGAGAGCUGCUCGUUGGAAAGGAUGAUGAACUUCUGGAGACAGAAACAAGGACAAUCGCGAGGGCUGAUGUUGCAGAAACCUGUAUUCAGGCACUAAGCAUUGAGGAGGCGAAAUUCAAAGCACUUGAUCUCGCCUCUAAGCCUGAGGGAUCCGGUACACCAACCAAGGAUUUUAAGGCUCUAUUUUCUCAAGCCACUUCUCGUUUCUGAUUAAACAUCGUCUGUAUCAGCAGUAGCAUACAAGAGUCGUUUCUUUCGCCAUGGCCGGUUAAAUUUUCUUAGUCUUUUCAGUCGGAAUAAGUGGUUUCACGAUGAGAGAUAUCUUUCCUGGAUAUUCAGCAUUUCUUCUACACUGCUUCUAGCACAUGUAAGUGUAAUCUUCUAUUACGCUUCGGAUCCUCUGUACCAAAAUCGUGUGCCACAAUUAAAACUACGUAGUUUUGAUACUCUUCUUCAUAAUACACAAAAUACAAAUAUAUUCACAACUCAA